UAUGGAGCUUCGUGGCUUAAAAAUUCUACACAUGUUCCAAAUUUUUAUUCCUUCAUUGAUCGUACUUUUAAAAAUAAAAUAUAUUUCAUCAGAUCAAUUGAUUCUCAAAGGAAUGGUAUACAGUGAAAACGAGUUCAUAAUGCAUCAAAAUAACAAUUAUUGUAAACUAAAUGCAUGCGAUGUUCUAAAAUAUGUUUCUCAGCUUGUAGCAGGAGUCAAAGCAAUCGAAGAUAAUGGCCACGAAAAGGAAGAAAAAACUAGUUCACCAUUUGUUUUAAAUUUACCACUUCACGAGUCUUUGGUAAAACGAGUUCGUCAAAUUGAGAAUCGACUGAGAUCUAUAGAACAGCCUGUGUGGCGUUUGGCGUCAGCUAGUCAACAAGAGUGGAAUCAAUGCACCUCAGGAGUGUGUCGUUGUUGUCCCGAAACCAAAAGUUUUACGUGCUGGAAUACAAAUUUUAUAACAUUGCCGGUAGCACAAGUAAUGCCUAUGAACAUGGAAUCCAUCGACCUCUCUCGUAAUUAUAUUUCUACAUUACACAAAGACACUUUUCGUGGUUUAACAUUGUUGAAGGAACUCGAUCUCUCCAAUAAUAUUCUCAACUUCAUACCACCCGAGCUUUUUAAGGAUUUAGAUAGCCUUCUCCAACUACGUCUUCAAAAUAAUCAGUUAGAAAACUUGGAAACGGUUACAUUUUGGAAGCUUCGCAACUUAAAUUUGUUAGACGUUAGCGAAAAUAUGAUAUCCGAACUAUCAACAAAUUUAUUCUGCCAUGCUCAGCGCUUAGUUGUUAUUAACUUAAGCCAUAAUAGAAUAAUGCAGUUUCCGCCAGGUUUACUUCGGGAGCAAUUAGCCUUAGAAGAGUUGGACAUGUCAUGGAAUAAAAUUCUUGAAUUAAAGUCUGGAAGCUUAAAAAAUUUAAAAACUCUUAAAAUGAUUGACUUUUCAUACAACUCCAUUUCUGUCAUUUCGGGAGACUUGUUCUGGGACCUAAAAAACAUUCGAACCAUAAUUCUUCACAACAAUAAAAUUUCGACGGUAUCUAAAGAUUUAUUUGAAAAUCUGCAGCAUCUAGUUUCAUUGGACUUGAGUACAAAUCGUAUUUCAAAGAUUGAUGCACACGCGUUUUCUAAACUUAGCAAUUUGCGGGAGCUUUUACUUGGACAAAACUAUCUUUCUGAUAUUCCAGAUAGUAUUUUUAACAAUGCAAAUUCUUUAAUAAGCUUGAAUUUAUUUUCAAACAAUCUUACUACUAUCGAGGCGAAUGAUUUCCAAGGCCUUAUAAAUUUAAAAAACCUUAUGCUUAACAACAACAUUCUAAAGGAUACUGAAGCAUCCGUUUUUACGCCUCUGAAAAACCUUGAAAAAUUACGCAUUGAUUCUAAUAAACUGCAAUAUUUACGAAAUGGGGCAUUACGAGGCUUAAAAAAAUUAAUGGCAGUAAAGUUGGACAAAAAUCCCUGGCAUUGCGACUGUCAUGUUUUAUAUUUAGCGAGAUGGAUACGCGAGUUCGCACACAAAUUGUGGGAUGGUGAAAUGGCAAUGUGCCGUGGUCCGGGUCAUCUUGGAGGACACGAAGUUGGUCUACUUCGAUAUGAUGAUCUUUGUGAAGGACAAUGGGCUAGUAUGUUAUCGCUAUCUCCAAGGCUGCCUCUUCGAAAACAUCGUGUUCAGACUCCAAUGAAUUACACUACAUAUUUCAAUUUGUACUUGAAGCAUAUAUAUUCAACUACCCCAAAAACUCCCGAGCAGGUGGUUAACAGACGAAAAUAGGGAAUUACUCUAUAAAUUUGUUUAAUAUUGGUGCCUAAAGAACCGCAAAGUUCGAGGAAAUUCAUUCUGAAGGGCAAUGAAUGGACACUACUUACACGCAAUUUUUUUGUACUGAUUCAAUGUGCGAGCAAAGACAACAUAAAAGUUGGUAUUAUUUUUGAAUAAAUUAUUGUGAAAAAUUUGAACAAGGUAAAAUUUUACUUAUAAAAAUCUGAUAGUACAUAUUAAAUUAAUUAUUAUAUCUAAUUUGACUACAAACCAC